UGUCCUUCACUCCCAGACGCUUGUCUCCCUCCGGCUCCUCCUGCUUCACCGGAUCUGUAUCUGAAACACAUGGAGUUCCACAGAAAACACUGAGAAACACAGUUGUUUCAGUGAGGCUGUAGCUCAGAAUGUCUCUGGCCUCACAUGCAGCAGCACACUCGAUCCCGCCUAGCACACUGACCCGGCUGGCACGAGAGUGGCUGGAAGAGGACGCGCCAAACUUUGACCCGGCAGGAGUGUGUGUCGGGUCACAGGAGGUCGAGGCCAGGUUGCUGUGUAAAACACCACACAGCGUCCUGGCAGGAAGCCCCUUCUUCACAGCAGUGUUCACUGAGGUCGGCUGCACCGUGGACUGGUUUUAUCAGGAGGGAGCUGACAUCGGUCCAGAUGCCAUCACGCUGACUGCCGUGGUGAGAGGCCCAGCAAGGUGCCUCCUCCUUGGCGAAAGGCCUGCUCUCAACUGUCUGGCGCGCGCCUCGGGGAUUGCCACCCGCUGUUCUCGGCUCCGGGCGAUGGCAACAGUGGGAGGCUGGCAUGGAGAGGUGGCUGGCACACGCAAAACCACCCCGGGCUUCCGUCUGGUGGAGAAGUAUGCCAUGCUGGUCGGCGGCGUGUCCAUGCACAGGCAGGACCUGAGUGGAAUGGUGAUGCUGAAGGACAAUCAUGUGUGGGCAUCAGGAAGUAUCACACAGGCUGUGAAAUGUGCCCGGUCAGUGUGUGGCUUCAGCAGUAAGAUUGAGGUGGAGUGUCGCUCUGCAGAGGAGGGCAGGGAGGCGGCUGGAGCAGGAGCAGACAUCGUUAUGCUGGACAACUUUCAACCUCAGGGGCUCCAUGCUGCAGCUCGAGCACUGAAGGAGGAGUUCCCAGCUACACUGAUAGAAGCCAGCGGAGGAGUGACUCCAGAGAACAUGGCUAUGUAUUUCUCCCCACAUGUGGACAUCAUUUCCCUGGGCUGUAUAACACAGGGCUGCCCAGUUGUGGACUUUUCUCUCAAGGUUCAAAAGCCUGUUUAGUCAAACCUCCAAGAAUAAUAGGAUGAUAGACACAUUACAGUGGCCUGCUGGUGCUAAGGACUGAGAAGUAAUUCACAUCCUGUUUGCUACUUUUCAAAUGAGAAAAUAAUCAAAGGAGAAUAGAAACUAGAGUGCACGUGCUCUUGUGGCAGGGCUGUAUGGGCCAAAUGGCAAAUUCACAUAGUUCUUUAAAAAAUAAAAUAAAUUCCAUUGUCAGCAUUGAACAGCAGUCACAAGUUGAAACUGAAGCAUCACAGACAUACAAAAUAGGAGCUUAUUAAGCCUAUGGCUCUGUGAGUGUCAGGGUCAAUUCACCCAAACAUUUGGAUGCUGUGAAAAUUCAAAUUUGUUUGCAAACAUAUCAGCAAAUAGCUGCCUGUGUAUACACACAUCCACCAGACACAACUCCACAUUAACAUUCAUGUGGAGUUGUGUUUCUCCAUUUCACUCUGUCUUUGGCUUUCUAACAACAACAGAAAUAUGUGGCUGUGUUGUAGGGAAAUGUUUCACUACGCUCAGUGAGACGGAACACUGACACUCUGAGAUGUGUUUAUUGAACGUGUUAAUCAGUGAGGUCACAGUUCAUGUUGGAGCGUGAGUGCACUGUAUAAAAUGAGAGUUGUUUCUGAUAAAAUGUCCACUCUACUGAGAGAGAUUUUAGAAACAACUUAUUAUAAGUAACACCGGGAUUCUCACAAAUUUCUCACAAGUUUCUCACUUGCUUAUGUUACUAGUAUAUUAGUGUAAAUCCUUCUUACUAUAAUGUUAGUAGAUGUUGGGUUCAUCAAAAUGUGUGCAGUU